AUGGCCGAUAGGCAGUCGAGCUUCCUGCCGACGAUAAAAUGUUCGUCAUGUGGCAACCAGAUCGAGAUUUCUAUGAUGGGGGAGCACAUCUGCGGAGGCGCAGGUGGUUCAGAUGCAUCACCUACUCCCCCUCUAGAUAAGAUUGAUGAGACUUUUAUGCCAUUUAAUAAAUCAGUACACGAAAAGAUCGGCCGAGUUCCACCACCACCAAAGGUUGAUACUUUGGCAGCAAACCGCACAUACUACCGCGCUGGGCAACUAACACCUGUCAGCAACUCCAGCGGCUCAGCCUCUCGCAGCGGAUCGCCUCUCACACCUACUGGUCGGGUGCUAGGGCGCUCUGAAGACUAUUUCACACCAAAGAUUGCCAACGAACACGACUUGGCCUCUCCACGGAAUCAGCCACGGCGGCCUGGGGGUUAUGGGGGUAUGGAAGAUGUCGAAGACGAUAUGUACCCCAAUAACUCUCCUAAGAAACAACCUUCGAGUUUAUUGUCUCGUAUGAAUACUAUUACUCCCGGCCCAUUCGAGUCAAAGAGGCCGGUUGCGGCCAAGAAUGCCUUCCCUUCCAGAUCAAACGAGCCGGAAGAUGCCUACAAUGACCGGCCUAUGACCUCAAACUCGAACAGAAGCUUUGGGAGCAGCCAGCCUCCUAGGAUGCCGAGGAAGAACGGUUACGGCGGGUUUGGCCCUCCCCAAAGGUCGCCGGGUGAAUAUGAGCCCGAGCCACCAAGUGCAAUCAGCAGAUCUGGGACGUUUCCGCGGGAGAGCGACCCAAUGGAGGCACCUCUGCGUACCCCCUCUGCCCCCGGUCCUCGGCCGGACAGGUUACGACGAUCGUCGGACGAGGCAAACGAAAGGUUUAUGGAUGGGGAAAACAGGGAGCAUGCCACCAACGGCAUGUACGCGACAAGAACCUCAGUAACACGCGAUACCUCUAGGCAGCCGCCACCGAGGACCAGCCUCCUUAACCGACCGACCACCCGUGAUGGUGGCGGUGCCCCGAGUGCCAUUGACUUGGCCAAUGAAUUUGGCGUCGGGAAUCCAUAUCACAGUUCGAACGUUUCCAUGUCAUCAAGCGCAUCGGCCUCGAGUGGCGCCGAAUCUCGCCGUCCUAGUCAACCAAGCUCACAGACCAGUCCCGCCCGCUCAAUCAGGAACCGAUCGGCCAGAAAGCCAUCUAAUACCUCCGACAUUGACAACUUAAUGCAGGAUCUCCAAUCCUCAAUGCUGAGCGAUGUGCAGUCUCGGGAUCUACCACCAUCACCACCUGAACCACUCUCCAUGAAAUCAGGAUCCCUUCGCAGCCAGUCUCGACCUAGCCCACCACCGAUGAAAACUCCGCCGCUGGACGGCCCAAGCCAAAGAGAAGCGAUGGACCGCGGAAUGGACAGGGGGCGCCAGUGGGGUGAAGAUCGAGGCUCAUCCCCUCGCUAUGCCUCUCCCGAGCGUAGGCGCGAGCCAACCAGGGCACCAUCUCGACCAGGACUUCGCAGCCAGUCUAGAGGCCGGGUGCCAGUAAAUCGCGGCAACUGCAAGGCUUGCCGGGAACCCAUCACAGGCAAGAGCAUUUCGAGCGCGGAUGGUAGGCUCACGGGCAGGUACCACAAGGCAUGCUUUGUGUGCACCACUUGCCGCGACCCAUUUCCUUCUGCGACAUUCUACGUCCACGACGACAAGCCUUACUGCGAGCAACACUAUCACGAGAAGAACGGGAGUCUCUGUGGAAGCUGCGGCAUUGGAAUCGAGGGCCAGUACUUGGCGGACGAGGCAGAAGAGAAAUUCCACCCAAGAUGCUUCCGAUGCAGCGACUGUGGCCAGAUCCUUGACGAUGGCUAUUUUGACGUCAAUGGGAGGCGAUACUGCGAGCGAGAUGCCUUGAGGCGCGUCCAGCCACCGCCAUCCUGGGGUCCCCCCAGCAGGACAGGGACUCCGAGCAACCUGGGACCCAGGGGACCCCCCAACAUGCGAGGAUCCUCGGGAUUGGGACCUGGACUCCAACCAGGCGGUCCCAAAGGCUAUCCCGCACCUGGUGGUCGACCUGGAAGACCCAUGGGAGGGCCUCCCAACAGCAGCAGGCUGGGCCCAGGCCCACGACCGCGGAUGGAGAAGCGUAUGACGAGACUUGGCAUGAUGUAA